AUGCAAGCAGACGAACAGGAGAAGACUUCACAAUGGGCCGAGCACGAAGAGACCACGUAUGCACGUGCGACACAACACACGUCUACAGCUACCGCCACAAUACCACCUGCAUCAGAGUCGACCGCAGACAAAGUACAGGACGAUGCCGCUUCGAUACAUGGUGAGUUCGAUGUCUACUGGGAGAAUGAGACCGAUCCGGAGAACCCAUUGAACUGGCCACAAUGGCGCAAGGUGUCCAACAUCGCCAUGACCUCUUUCGUCACCUUCCUGACACCCUUAGCAUCCUCAAUGUUUGCACCAGGAGUUCCAGAGACCUUCAAAACCGACUCGAACACCGCAGCGACCUUCGUCGUCAGCAUCUUCGUCCUAGGUUUCGCCUUUGGACCCAUAGUCGUGGCACCGGCAAGUAAGCUCUACGGCCGCCUGCCAGUCUAUCACAUAUGCAACAUCCUCUUCACCAUCUUCACCAUUUGCAACGCCGUCUCCACGAACAUGGCGAUGCUCAUGGCAUUCCACUUUCUGGCAGGCUUCGCUGGCGUAGGAGCCGUCACGAUCGGUAGCGGCUCAGUCGCAGAUAUGAUGCCUCCCGAGCAGAGAGGCAUCUCCCUGGCACUAUGGUCACUCGGUUUCCUUUUUGGCCCCAUCGUCGGCCCCAUUGCGGGUGGUUUCCCCGUAGCAGCCAUGGGCUGGCGCUGGGUGUUCUGGAUCAUUGCCAUCCUCUCCGGCGCCACGACUCUAAUCUGCUUCCUCGUUCUGAAAGAAACCCUCGCAACCAUAAUCCUCGAGAAGAAAGCCCUUCGUCUCCGCAAAUCAACCGAAAACCUCGACCACCGCUCCCGCGUCGCCUCUCCCUUGGCGCCCAAAACGCUCAUGGCAGAGACCUGCGUCCGCCCACUCAAGAUCCUUCUCUUCACACCCGUGGCUAGCUGGAUGUGCAUGUACAUCGCACUCCUCUACGGCCUGCUCUACAUCCUCUUCACGACUUUCACCUUCGUCUUCACCGAGACUUACAAGCUCUCCACCACAGCCGCAGGCCUCUCAUACUUGGGCUGCGGCGUCGGAACGCUAAUCGGUCUCGCCUUCGCCGCCCGCCUCAGCGACAGGAUCGUCCGCCGCAAGGUUGCCGCGGGCAUCACACCUCUCCCCGAAGAUCGCCUCCCUCUCUACAUGGCAUUACCCGGCAGCCUCGCGAUCCCGAUCGGCUUCUUAAUCUACGGCUGGGGAGCACACUUCCGAGUCCACUGGAUCGUGCCGCAGAUCGGGACGGCGGUGAUGAGUUUCGGCACGAUCGUGAUUCUGAUGUAUGUGCAGACAUAUUUGACGGAUGUGUACACGGUGCACGCGGCGAUUGCUAUCGCCGCGAACGCGGUGUUGAGGAGUCUUUUGGGGGCUUUGCUGCCGCUUUUGAACAUCAUGACGAAACGCAAGCGCGACUCAGUCGCGCCCGAUGCCAGCUCAAAGCGAACCAUGGCCACCAGAGCAAUGACAAGAGCUGCCGCCGUCGACGCCGUUUUCAUGACCACAGAGUUACUUGAGGGCAUACUGCAACACCUCCCGAUGAAAGACCUGCUGCUCAGUCAGCGGGUGUGCCACAAGUGGAAGAGCGUCAUCGAGCAGUCUCAAUGUCUGCAACAGGCGCUCUUCUUCCUGCCAAGAGAACCCGACUUCGCAUGGCUGUAUCCCCGCUCGAAGAGGACCGAGCACAUCAUCACCCGAGUCUCGACAGGGCAUAUGAUGGAAGGCAAGCACGACAUUGUGGUUUAUCCGUCCGGCGAGAUGAACCCAAUGUUCUUCGUCCAAGGCAGCAACAUCAUCAAGACCAAUAAGGCAAUUCCUGGCUCUGACAACGGGUACGAAAUGUUCAGAUACCAUUGUCAACCACCCUGGCUGGACUGUCCCGAGGGAUCUUGGCGCAAGAUGCUUUCUUCUCAGCCACCAGUGAAGGCCAUCGACUACCACUGGGUCUGUGCCGGACACCUCCAGAAUGGAUUGGUCAACCAAACCGAACCAAUCACAUUAGCUGAUAUGGGAAAACUGUUCAUUAACCCUGGAAAGCUGGAUGACGCAACGUUCUAUGGCCACGGCCAGAGCAAUCAUCUCGCCACGGAAGGGAUCCUCUACCCAAAGACCAGUGAGAAGGAUGUGUAUCGUAUCAUGGGACGCAAUGGCAAGAGGUAUGUCCAGGGGUCGGCCAACUGCAUAACGGUCGAAAUCGAGGGACCGCAAUUCGUGUAA